AUGACUACUAAAGCUGUUGGUAUUGACUUGGGUACUACUUACUCUUGCGUUGGUGUAUGGCAAAAUGAUCGUGUAGAAAUCAUUGCAAACGACCAAGGAAACCGUACGACUCCUUCUUAUGUCGCUUUCACUGAUACUGAACGUUUAAUUGGUGACGCGGCAAAGAACCAAGUUGCUAUGAAUCCACACAACACCGUUUUCGAUGCUAAGCGUAUGAUCGGUCGCCGCUUUAAUGACCCCGAAAUUCAAGCUGAUAUGAAGCAUUGGCCAUUCAAGAUUGUUGACAAAGAUGGCAAGCCUAACAUUCAAGUUGAACACAAAGGAGAAACCAAGACAUUCACUCCCGAAGAAAUCUCAUCCAUGGUUCUUACUAAAAUGAAAGAAACUUCAGAAUCUUAUCUUGGCACUACUGUUUCAUCUGCAGUAAUCACUGUCCCUGCUUACUUUAACGAUUCACAACGUCAAGCUACAAAGGAUGCUGGUACCAUCGCUGGCUUAAACGUUCUUCGUAUCAUUAACGAGCCUACUGCCGCUGCUAUUGCCUACGGUUUGGACAAGAAGACCAAAGGCGAGGCCAACGUCUUGAUCUUUGACUUGGGUGGUGGUACUUUUGAUGUCUCUCUCUUGACCAUUGAGGAAGGUAUCUUUGAAGUCAAGGCUACGGCUGGUGACACACACUUGGGUGGUGAAGAUUUUGACAACCGUCUUGUUGAUCACUUUAUUCAAGAAUUCAAGCGCAAGUUCAAGAAGGACAUCUCUGGUAACGCUCGUGCUGUUCGUCGUCUUCGUACUGCUUGUGAACGUGCCAAGCGUACUUUGUCCUCUGCCGCGCAAACUUCCAUUGAAAUCGACUCUCUCUUUGAGGGUAUUGACUUUUACACUUCCUUGACUCGUGCUCGUUUCGAAGAAUUGAACCAAGACCUGUUCCGUAGCACUAUGGAGCCUGUCGAGAAGGUCCUUCGUGAUGCCAAAAUUGACAAAUCACAAGUUCACGAUAUCGUCCUUGUUGGUGGAUCUACUCGUAUCCCCAAGAUUCAAAAGAUGGUCUCUGACUUCUUCAAUGGCAAGGAACCUAACAAAUCUAUUAACCCUGAUGAAGCUGUCGCUUAUGGUGCUGCUGUCCAGGCUGCCAUCUUGACCGGUGAUACGUCUGAAAAGACUGACUCUCUCUUGCUUUUGGAUGUCGCUCCUCUUUCACUUGGCAUCGAAACCGCUGGUGGUGUGAUGACACCCUUGAUCAAGCGUAACACAACUGUGCCUACAAAGAAAUCUGAGAUCUUCUCUACCUAUGCUGAUAACCAGCCUGGUGUGCUCAUUCAGGUGUAUGAAGGUGAACGUGCUCGUACAAAGGAUAAUAACCUUCUUGGCAAAUUUGAGCUCACGGGUAUUCCACCUGCUCCUCGUGGUGUACCUCAGAUUGAAGUUACCUUUGAUGUUGAUGCAAAUGGUAUUUUAAAUGUUUCUGCUCUUGACAAGACUACUGGUAAAUCUAACAAGAUCACAAUUACCAACGAUAAGGGUCGUCUUUCCAAGGAAGAAAUUGAACGUAUGGUUAAUGAAGCUGAGAAGUACAAGGCUGAAGAUGAAGCCGCAGCUGCUCGUAUCCAAGCUCGAAACGGUCUCGAAUCUUAUGCAUACAACCUUCGUAACACACUUCAGGAAGAGAAGGUUGCUUCCAAACUUGAUGCUGCUGAUAAAGAAAAGCUUGAAAAAGCGGUGAAUGAGACAAUUGAAUGGUUGGAGAACUCACAAGAAGCCUCAAAGGAAGAAUAUGAAUCUCACCAGAAGGAAUUAGAAGACGUUGCUAACCCCAUCAUGAUGAAGAUGUAUCAAGGCGCUGGUGGUGCAGGUAUGCCUGGGGGCGCUCCUGGUGGAUUCCCUGGUGCUGGUGCAGCUGGUGCAGGCGGUGACAGUGGACCUACUGUUGAAGAAGUUGACUAA